UUCCUAGGUUUACUAGUCCAAACCACAACCUCCAUUUGCAUUCUCUCUUUCUCUCUACCUUUUUACAUACACAUAUACAUACACGCUGAUAUAUAACAAGACUAGCUAGUAUAAUAUCGGUAACAGGAAAUGGGAAGACAACCAUGUUGCGAUAAAGUAGGUUUAAAACAAGGGCCAUGGACUGCUGAUGAGGACAAGAAGCUUAUUAACUUCAUCCUCACCAAUGGCCAAUGUUGUUGGAGAGCCGUCCCUAAACUUGCAGUGGGCCUUCAGGCGGCGGGUUUUCCCCGGAACUGGUGGCUUAAUGGCUCGGGACUAUUAAGAUGCGGAAAGAGUUGUAGAUUGAGAUGGACAAAUUAUCUUCGACCCGAUUUAAAAAGGGGUUUGUUAUCUGAAUACGAAGAGAAGAUGGUUAUUGAUCUUCAUGCUCAACUUGGCAAUAGAUGGUCAAAAAUCGCGUCUAAUCUUCCCGGAAGAACAGACAACGAAAUCAAAAACCACUGGAACACUCAUAUCAAGAAAAAACUCAAGAAAAUGGGGAUUGAUCCUGUCAGUCAUAAACCACUUUCUCCUUCUAUUCCGCCAACCGAACAUCAAUCACCACAGUCACCACCAGCACCGCUGCUAGCACAAUCAGUCCAUGAAGCACCACAAGCAGAAAAACUCGUAUUUCCUAAACCAAUAGAGUAUCAAAACAACGAAAUGAUUGAAACACUUAAUGAAAGUACAAUAUCGAUUCAAUCAAGCACGAUCACUGAGCUUUCUAAAGAUGAACAUGAAGAGGGAGAAGAAAGCAAAAGAAUUAUAGAUGACUUUUGUAUAGAUGAAGUUCCAUUAAUAGAGCUUCAUGAGAUCUUAUAUCCUAGUGAUAACAUCUUACCACCUUUAUCUUCUUCAUGUUCUUCAUCUUCAACCUCGUCAACUUAUGUACAUGAUGAACUACAUCAGUCUUUGCCAAGCAUUAAUGAUCAUCAAUGGUGUUCAUCCUCUUUUAACUCCACAAAUUACGACAACUUUGAUGCGGGACUCUGGGGUGAUGAUGAUAAUGAAUUCAUCAGCAAUUUGAACAUGUUGAUAAAUGAUCAGUAUGAAACUGACACAGCUAUUCAAAGUGGUACCACUCUUGAACAAGAUCUCAGUCAUUACUCAAAAAUGCUCAUGUAUGAUGACGAUUGGAAAUUUGAACAACUCUUGUGAAUGGAAAAUUUGUUUUACUUUUUUUACCGAAUCUUUUUGGGUUGAGUUGUAAAUCCUUCAAAAGUGAAGUGUUAUUAGUGAAACUCGGUUUAAUAAACAAAAGAUGCAACUUGGUUUAUACA